AUGAAAUUUAUAAAAUUAUCAAUUGUAUUAUUAUUAUCUGUAUUUGUAUCAAUAAAUGUUGCACAAAAUGAAAUCGAUUAUUGUAUACCACUGCAUGCAUCUUUGAUGUUCUAUAAGGCUCAGAGAGCUGGUAAGCUUCCGGAUAACGAUGUUCCAUGGCGUGAAGAUUCAGUUUUGAAUGAUGGACAACAACUCAACAUCGAUUUAUCUGGUGGUUAUUUCGAUGCCGGUGACUAUAUUAAAUUCACUUUCCCACUCGCCUACACUAUGACAACUCUGGGUUGGUCAUACCUCUUAUUCCAAGACAACAUCGCGAACAAGUGCCAUCUAAAAGAUGACUAUCUCUCAGUUUUGAAAUAUGGAACCGACUGGAUCAUGAAUGCUCAUUACAAAGCUAACAACUUGGUAACCCAAGUCGAUGUAAUGAGUUCACAUUACCAAUGGAACCGUCCAUCUGAUGUAACAUACCCACGAGAAAUAUUCACUGUGGACAACACUCAACCAUGUACCGACGUAGCAAUGCAAUCCGCUUCUGCAUUGGCAGUAGCAUCGCUUGUAUUUGCCGACACCAACCCAUCCUACUCUACUCAGCUACUCAACAAAGCCAAAUCAUUGUAUUCUCUAGGUAAAGCGUGUCCACUCGGAACCAUGGCUGUUCCAGACUAUUCCGAUCAUGGCAGACAGGGUUACGAAUCCCAUGGAUACGAAGACGAACUUAUCUGGGCUUCGAUAUGCAUGUAUUUGGCUACUGGUAGAUCUACCACCUACCUCUCCGACUUGACAAACAAUCUCAAGAAACUACAAGGUCGUAACUUUGCAAAUGAUAUUUGGGGUUCCAUGUUAAGCUGGGAUUCUAAAUACUCUGCUUCCUUGUUGAUGUCACUCAAAUCAUUGUCAUCCGACCCCAACUUCUCUCAAUUCUUAAACAACUUCCAAUCGAAAUCCAAUGAUAUUGCCCAAAGCUGGAUAAAUCAACCCAAUUUUUCCAAUGGAAUUGUAUCAGGUAUUGCAAAGUGGGGCAACAACCGCUAUGCAAUGGGAGGUGCAUUUCUUGCUGCAGUUAUAAACACACCGGCUUCUAAACGAUGGGCAACCGAGCAAGUCAAUUGUGUGCUCGGCCAAUGUCCGGCAAACUCGAAAUCAUUUGUAAUUGGAUAUGGAAAUAACUAUGCGCAAUUCCCGCAUCACCGAGCUGCUCACAAUCCAUUGCCAAAUCCAUCUCUAUCCGAAAAUUAUCCGGUUGCAACCACCUACAAAAUACUGGGAGCACUAAUUGGUGGACCAUCAAUUGAAAACUCAACCUACGAAGAUGCUCGUAAAAACUAUCAACAAAACGAACCUGCUAUCGAUUAUAAUGCUGCAUUUACUGGUGCUUUAGCUGCUCUUGUAAGUUUCGAACACUCUGGAGGUUACAAUGGAAAUCCAUCAUCAUUCCAAUCGACUACUUCUUCAACAACAUCGACAACUUUGCAACCAACUUCAACAUCGACAUCAUCCCAAUCGACUACUUCUUCAAAAACAUCGACAUCUUCACAACCCACUACAAUAUCUACUUCUACUACCUCCUUGCCAACUUUAAGCUCAACUAUAACAACCUACCAAACAACUAACACCAAAACUACAACUUCGCCAUCAACUUCCUCGAAACCAAUAUCAACUCCAUCUACUACCUCACGUCUUACAACCAAUGGUGAAGAACCAUCUGAAGAUCCUACUAUUGCCAGUGGAUUUACAUUAAAAUCAUCAAUAUAA